AUGCCAGUGUCUCUCAAUAAGGUGCAGAAGCACAUCAGCAAGAAGAAAGGCGGCAAACUCACAAGUCUUCAUCAAAACAGCCGAGAUGCCAAUCGAUUACGACGUGCGGGUGCCAGAGAAGACAAGCUAAUCAAGAUUUUGGACGCCGCAACUCGAGCAAACAAAGUCUACGUGGACCGCAUAGACUGGUUUCGAUCUGCUCUUGAGGGCAGCUCGGGUGCACUCUCAGAAGCAGAGCUCCAGGCCCUGACCGAAGGCUACAUAGGAAGGAACGACGAUGAACUAGCUCAGGCAAAGGCAGAACGUCGUCCAGGUCGUCCUCCCAGCAAAGUUGAGGAGCGCAUCACUGAGCACAAAAACGCUGAAGAACGAGAGUACAAAGCUGGCUUCUGGAUCGUUGAUCUUCGGCAGCCCGAAGACCGCGACAAGCUUGAGAGAUGGAGUGGUGACUGGGCCGGCCUGAACACACUCAAAUUCAUUCGCAUCACCAGAGACGGAUUUGUCAAAGACUCGAGCUUUCCACCAAAGGGUUUAUCGUAA